AUGAACAGUACACAUAAUGAUUCAUCAAUAUCAGAUGAAGAUGAGGGUGAAGAAGAGGAGAUACAAGAAGUUAAUGCUGCUGAUAUUAAACAGCCUACAAAUACUGCUGUGUCUACAGAUUCUGAUAACAACAACAACAAUGAUAGUAGUAAUCAAGAAAAUACUGGAUCUGCUGAAGCAUAUCUAAUCCAAAUGUUUGAAAAUGGACAUUUAUGCACAACUCAUGCUAAACGAGUAACAUUAAUGAGAGAGGACCUUGAAUUAGCAUUGAACAUUUCUGGGGACAGUAUUAAUAAAUAA